UGUGAGCCCCACGGGUGGUCACACCAGUGGGAUUUGAAUCCCGGCUGGGGAACAGGCCCUGCAGAUGGGUGAUGUGCAAGGUUGACCUCAGGGCUGGUGUAGAUCCGCUGUCCGGGGCAUGGAGUUACUUCUCGGAAAUCUUUGGUGCUGUGUUUCGGAAAGCAGAAUUUUUCCGACUUGAGGAAUUUGGGGUUUGGGACUGUGAUGUUUGAUCAGACCCAGCACUGCUUAGCAUAGCGGCUGUCAAGACAGAGCUCCCGGUCUGGUCCCACCAGGAAGGGAAACUUUUGCUUUGGGAGCCCUCUUGGUUUGAGAACGGCGGGCAAGGCAGGGCAGACCUAUGCUCUCCUGGUCCUGGUGAGGAGGGGGAGAGGCGAUGUGUGGGGUACGGUGGCUGCUCAGGCUGGUUAAGUGUUACUCUUGGUGUGUGGCUGCUAGGUGCUGGCCCUGUGUUGGGCUCUGGUCCGGCAGAAAUGAAAACAGGUCUUCAGACUGACUCUGAUCUCCGGUGCCACAGAGGCCCAUAGAAGAAAAGGCCUCCUCGCUGGGGAGGCAGAGUCCUCGCGUGGCUUCCUGCCUUGCUCACAGCCUGUGCCCCCGGGAGCCCAGCUUGCAGACGACAGCAGUGGUGUCCAUGGGCUCAGCAGACCAACAGUUCAACCUCGCUGAGAUCCUGUCACAGAACUACAGCCUCCGGGAAGACUGCGCUGCGGGCUCCAGGGGCCCAGACAAGCCUGCGGAGGAGCUGGCCAAGGACUUCAUCUCCCAGAGCAGUGACAUGCCCCUGGACGAGCUGCUCGCGCUGUAUGGCUAUGAGACGUCAGACCCCACCUCAGAGCGUGAGAGCGAAGGUGGUGACACGGCCCCUGCCCUCCCAGACAUGACUCUGGACAAGGAACAAAUAGCGAAGGAUUUGCUCUCUGGGGAAGAACAGGAGGAGACGCAGUCCUCAGCUGAUGACCUCACCCCAUCUGUCACCUCCCAUGAGGCCUCUGACCUCUUCCCUGGUCAGAAUGGACCCCGUUUCCUGGCUGGCGAGGACAAAGAGCCGGGCUCCCUGGCCUCCUCUGACACCGAGGAGGACUCUCUUCCUGCCAACAAGUGUAAGAAGGAGAUCAUGGUGGGGCCUCAGUUCCAAGCUGACCUGAGCAACCUGCACUUGAGCUGGCACGGCGAGAAGAUCUAUGAGAACGAGGACCAGCUGCUGUGGGACCCCGGUGCCCUGCCUGAGCGGGAGGUGGAGGAGUUCCUGUACAGGGCUGCCAAGCGCCGGUGGCAGGAGGUGGCCGGCUCCCAGCUCCCAGAGGGGGAGGCUGUGAAGGACAGCGAGCAGGCACUGUACGAGCUGGUGAAGUGUAACUUCAACGUGGAGGAGGCGCUGAGGAGGCUGAGGUUCAACGUGAAGGUGAUCCGAGACGGGCUCUGCGCCUGGAGCGAGGAGGAGUGCAGGAACUUCGAGCACGGCUUCCGUGUACACGGAAAGAACUUCCACCUGAUUCAGGCCAACAAGGUGCGCACGCGGUCAGUGGGCGAGUGCGUGGAAUAUUACUACCUGUGGAAGAAGUCGGAACGCUAUGACUACUUCGCCCAGCAGACACGGCUGGGCCGGAGGAAGUACGUCCCGUCCGGAACCACGUGCGUGCAGCGCUGCUGUCAGCAGGACAUGGACCAGGACCUGGAUGGCAGUGACCCCGAUGGCCCCGCCCGCCCCCGUCCCGAGCAGGGGCCCCUGGCAGGUGCAUGCACAGAGCCUCUGAGUGUGGACUGUGCGGCCGGUGGUCGUGGUGAGCCCAGAGCGGACUCCGAUGGCCUCCCAUCCUCGGAGCCGGGACCCUGUCCCUUCCCGAAGCUGGAUGAGUCCCCUGCUGUGCCUCUGCCCCAGAGGCCACCAGCCCUGGCCAACCUGGCUGUGUACCCCUCAGACACAGCCACUGCAGAGCCCGGUGCCAGCCCAAGACUGGCCGUGGACUUCGCCCUGCCGGAGGAGCUGCCCCUCCUCUCCAGCCAUGUGGGUCUCAGUGAGGACCCCGAGGAGCCUGUGGCCCCUGCCCAGGUGGCCUUGUCGGUUGCUGAGUUUGGACUCAUUGGCAUCGGGGAUGUGAACCCUUUCCUGGCUGGCCACCCAGCGUGCCCGGCUCCCGGGCUGCACUCGGAGCCCCUGUCACACUGCAACGUGAUGACCUGUUGACCCCUGGCUGCAGGCAGGAGUGGGCAGCCUGCACCAGACUUGGCACCGAGCCAGGCCUGCCCGUCAGUCUUCCUGACCCCCGCCAUGUGGGCCUCGGUGAUGCCUUCUCUGCUUCAGGAGACAUCAGGACCGGGUGAGGUGGCCGGGCUGGCAGCCCUUGCCCCUCCUCACAGACUGGACCCAGGGCGCCUUGGUGCCUGGCACUGCCACUGUGCUCCAGGCUGCAGUCGCAUCACGGGACCCAAUGGGCAGCAGACGGACGCAGAGAGGGCCUGUCCUUCAGGACACAGGGCAGAGCUGGCCUCCUGGCCCCUUCCAGCCAACGGAGGCGCAGGCAGACGUCACUGCCCCAUGGGGAACAUGGGCACAACACGCACCAGCAGCCCCUGCCUGGGCAUCUCGGCACCUGUCGGCUCUGUCCCUCCAUGCCUGUAGGGCCGUGGAGCUGCCCAGCCCUGGGGUCGGUGGGCACAGAGCCAUAUACCUCGCUGUGCGGCCCCUGCCCACCCCUGGCCUCCAGCCCGUCUCCACUUCAGGAAAAGCCGCACUUUAUGCCCCACCUGCCUCCCAUCUCCACAUCCCCACUCCUGGCUCUCGAGGUUGGGGUGGGGCCCUCAGCCAGCCCUGGGGGUUUAAGGAGACAGGUGAGUCGCACCCCUUUGCCGCCUCUUCCGGGGCGCCUGGGCAGGGAGCAGCAGAGGGGCUGGAUGCCAGCCGGACCCCUGGCCUGUAGUCUUCGUCUGUUGGAGGUGGCCCGGCAAGGUGGCGGGGUCCUUGUCCUCUUACCACCCUCCUGCUUGUUUAUAUUGGUGUUUACAAGGCGGAGUGGGGUCCUUGGCAGGCAGCUGGCCCCCCCGGGUCAGCAGCGCAGUGCUGGGCUGGAGCCAUUGGCACUGGACUCGACUGUCCCUCGCCCCCAAGACCACACUGUGAAGUGAAACUGCCUUCGCCCCUUUGCUCUUUUAUUUAUUAAACUUGAUUUGAAUCCCAGGCGCCUCUUGUGGGUGAGGUGGGGCCAGGAGUGGGCAGUGAUCGUUGGCUCUCUGCUGGCUGAGGGCACAGGCAGCGACUGGUCCAGAGACUGGGCGACCUCACGGCAGGACACAGCAUGAGGGACAGCGCUGGAUGUGGAGCCGACGGCCGCGGAGGCCGGGCUGCCUUGUCCACAGCAUGGGCACUGCGGGCAAAGGCCUGGUCCUGGAGGCUGGGCAGUUGGGCAGUCCGGAACGGUCUCCCCGAGGGCGAGGUGCCAGGUCUCGGGCCUGCGCUGUGGCCGUACUUCCCAUGCCCUGACCAAAUGCCUGGGACAAGGGGCCGGGCAGCGCAUGCCCUGCACCCCAGCCACCCACCACCUACUCACAGCCACUCAGUUGCAAACUUGGCAGCCGCCUCUGGACAAUGCUGCGUGGGACUGGGCCCUGACCCCCUGGUCUCUGAGGAUACUGUGUGUCUAAACCAUUGCCAGCUCCAGAGGAGCUCUGCAGCCGGCCGGGGUCUCACCUGGCUGCUGUCCCGACUGUCGUCUCCGUCUCGGCUUUGAACCGUCGAGAGGGAUGCAUCUUGCACCUGGUGAGGCCACUGCUGCCGUACGCAUCGAGGUCUCACGCCCUCGCGGCUCCUCUGUGGCUCCCGAGCUCCGUGGCUCGCUUCUCUGCAGCUCGGAUACUCUGGGCACGGAUGGACCUGGUUUAUCUUGCCCCGGCUGGAGGAUGUCUUGCUUGUGUCCGUAUGUUUGCCGGUUAGCUGUAAUCGUGCUCACGCAGGCUUCUCACUGGACUUGAGUCCAGCUCAGCUGGCCAAACGCCUGGGCGCCUCACUGCUGGCUGAGCCUCGUGAGUGUCCCGUGGGGGCAGCCACCAGCUCUGCAGGGGCAGGGGGACCAAGUCCAGGCCUGGGCAGCUCAGCAAGUGCUGGUCGCAAAAGUUUUUAAAGCUGGGGGUGUAGUGUGGUGUGGAAGACCUGGGUUAAUCCCCAGUAUUACCAAAAGAAAAAAAAAAGUGCCACAUGC